AAAGAAGAACUAUGAUCGAAAACACAUAAAUUGUACAUACAGCGCACUCUGUCAUCAUUUUAUAAAACUAGUAAUUCGUGGUUUUCACUCCAGCAAAAGACGAAAAUUUUGAUUUCGGAACGAGUUUGAGGUUAUAUUCGAUCUAAUUUGAAGGUUUGACGAGAUGAAGAUCACAUCCCUGCUGAGAGGAGCUCGGACACCGCAAAAUCCACUAAAGGUACCUUUUCAACCGAUUCUCCCAAUACAUUUGAGAGACAAGGUAUCCGGAAAAGGAGAGAAAACAGCAGAUGUUUCGUGUCUGCAGGAAAUGGCCUUACUUUUUAGCUGUUUAGCAGAAAAUGAAUUCAAGGAGUCAUUUUGUCCGAAAGAAGUAGAGAGUUUCCAGUCGUGCUACAAAACAAAUUUGGCAAAAAGAUUCCAAAAGAAACAGGAAGAAGCGCAAGGUGGCAUUGGAAGAAAUGUCGGAUCCAUAUCAUCAGCUACAGUUAAUCGUCUUCUGCGACGAUUCCCGUCUCUUUAAAUAUGCCUAUAGACAAUAAAACGAACGGGUAGUAACCAUAUUGUAAAGAAUCUUAAGAGAGAGAAAAGAAAAUCACUGUUAAAUUUUUAUCCAAUAAAUGAUAUUUCUCAUGCCCAAGAU